AUCCACUUGGCUACAUUCAUUGUCGCACAGCAGCAGCAGCAUUCAGAUAGUUCCACUGACCCGCAUUUCACUCCCUCUUUCAAGUGCUCUGGACGUUCCGAAGCUGCGAGCAUCGUGUAAUGCUUUAAUUUGGGGCUGCGUGAGAGGGUUUGAGGAGAUUGGUUGGUAGUUUUUGAGAGGUAGGGGUUUGAGAUCGACAGCGACGAUGCAGGCGGUGAGGUUGUCUGGGACGAUCUGCGCGUCGUUGCUGGCGCAGAGCGAAGCUCAAUUGGGAGCCGCUGGAACAUUGCACACGAAAGCGGUGUUGCUGGGCGCGAGGCCGUCGAGGAGUUUGUCUGUGAGGAGAGGGUCGUCGUUCUCCGGGACGAGAAUGGCGUCGGAGAAGGGCGGCUGGAUGGAGAAGUUGGGGUUUGGUGCGCGGGCUUCGGCAGCGCAGGCAACUGGCGCGGCGGGGAGCUCGACUGGUGCCCGGAGCCCCGACGACGAUGUUCCUGCUCCAGGCCACGAGUUUGCCACUUUCGGCGCGGGGUGCUUUUGGGGUGUUGAGCUUGCGUUCCAGCGCGUCCAUGGUGUGUCACACACCGAGGUGGGAUACACACAGGGGCACAUAGAUAACCCUGACUACUAUGCCGUCUGCUCCGGGGACACAGGUCACUCUGAGGUUGUGAGGGUACAAUAUGAUCCCAAAGAAUGCAGCUACAAUACUUUGCUGGAUGUUUUCUGGAAGCGCCACGAUCCAACCACGCUCAACCGUCAGGGUAACGACAGGGGAACCCAGUACAGAUCUGGCAUCUACUUUUACUCUCCGGAGCAAGAGAAAGCCGCAUUGGAAUCGAAGGAGCAGGUGCAGAAGACAUUGAGCAAUCCAAUCGUUACCGAGAUUCUUCCAGCCAAGAAAUUCUACCGCGCGGAGGAGUACCACCAGCAGUAUCUGGCCAAGGGCGGUCGGGGUGGAAAUGCGCAGUCUCCUGCCAAGGGAUGCACCGACCCCAUCCGCUGCUACGGCUGAGCUUGCCAAUUUUGUCUUCGCAUUGCGACGCACCGCACACGUCUCAUCACACAUCUCAUCACUAUAUUUGUCACGAAGCUUGUUUUUGACGGAGGCGAUCAAUACUUUGUAGGGAAAGGAGAUGGCUCGUGAAUCUGUGCAGGCCCUCUCGGAUGCUGGAAUUUGGUUUUGAAUAGUCUAAGGUCUUAUCGUUCUUGGCCUUGUGGUGCACAGGAUGGAGUUUUUACCGAAGUCCGAAUCUGCAGCAGUGUAUUAUCAACUUGUAAAGCGAUUCUUUGUGACGUGCAGGGUCUUCUCCUGUUGUGUAUGACUCUUUGCGGACGACAACAAUGUUUUGGUUCAAA